AUGCUGUCCGAGAUGAAGUUUUACAAAGAAGAAUUCCCUGGUUUCUCUAAACUCAACCAGCCUCUGUACAUUAAGGCAAUCACACUGAAGAGCAGCGGGCAGCACCCCUGCACUGGGGUGGUGAUAUUUCUCAGAUACCGCUUCCUCCAAAUGUCAGCAGUUAGCAAGGUGAGACACCAGCUCCGAGGGGUUGGCGGCAAGCUGUUCCAACCUCCUGUGCUGAGCACAGACCCCUCUCCAGAGCCUCAUGAAGGGGGCUUGUUGAGCCUGAGAUGUCAGACAAAGCUGCACCCUCAGAAGUUAACCUCAAGGCUCUUCGCCAUCUACAAGGAUGGCCACACCAUGCAGAACACAGACGACCACGCAGAAUUGUGCAUUCCAGGAGUCAAAAAGGGAGAUUCUGGAGUUUACUGGUAAAAAGUAGCCCUUGCGGGUGGCCAAGUUCAGAAACAGAGCCUCUCUCUACAAAUCAGCAUGCAGGCCUGGAUGGUCAGGCUGACCCUCCUGUCCCACACGCCAUCCCAGCUCCUGUGUCCUGUCCUAUAUCACUCUGUCCUCCAUGGUGGAGCUGUCUCCUCCUUCCUCCCAGUGAAGUCAGAGCAAGAUGCUGGAAGCCACUCCUGUGAGGCCAAGAACAGCAUUUCCAGAGAGAAGAAUGAGUCCAAGAAGCUUUCCCUGGAUGGUUCGAAAGCCUUGUCCACCCCCUCCAACAGCAACUGGCUGGCAGCUGGGUCACUUGGGAGCCUGCCGGGUGUGAUGACCAUUGCUGCUGCACUUCUGGCGUAGUGCAGACCCUGGAGAAAAGCUGCUUAG